AUGCAGUUGCAGUCCUUCAUGUCAGAUCGGGCGAGUACCAUACUGCGAUCCCACAUCUACUCCGAAGCUGGGGUAGGUUGGCGCAGUACAUCUGAGAUUCCCCUAGCCGAGGAAGUAACCAGAGAGGUCGGCAUACUUCCGAAGCCCAAUAAUCUCAAUGCUGCAUACCCGAGCAAGGAUGCCUAUCUCGAGGUCCAGUACAGCAUUCUUCGGCAUGAGGGUGUCGAACCACUCCGUAAGGCUGUGCAGGAGUACAGGUCCGCCCCUGAGAUGACAGAAAGCACCGAAACAUGCGUCUACACUGAGGUUUUCGUUCGCGGAGCCAACAUCAUCCGCCUCGGAGUCAUGGUGCGAGUCACCUUCUCAGCCAUACGCACCCGCCAGCUCGUCAACUGGCCUGCAUCUCAGCGUCUUGUCCCGGGAACCGUCGUUGCACUCUCGCCCAUCUCUGACAACUUCAAGACGCAAUGCAUCGUGGCUGUUGUGACGGGCCGCUACGACGAGGCCAUCGACAGCCCAGUGACCCCUCCUCCGCUGGAUUUAGAGAUCCACGAUCCCCAAGCGACUGCGAACACUAUGGAACCUGACCAAGAGUUCGUCAUGAUCGAGGCCCGGUCCAACUACUUCGAGGCGGUUCGACAUGUCAUGGAAGGUCUGAAGCAGGCUGCAAAGUCCGAGUCGCCGUUUGACAAGUACCUGUUCAAAGGCGCGAAUUCUGUUGACAGGCCACUAUUCCUACCAAAGUCCACGUCUUCUUUGGAUGUCUCGGCGCUUUGCGAAAGCACGCGGUCCCGCGCUGCUCCCCUUCGCAUCCCUACUCUUGGCGAUGUGCCUGACUAUGCCCAAAAGAAGGCGGGUCUAGACGGGUCACAAAUGCUCGCACUGCAGCGCAUGGUCACCAAAGAGCUGGCCAUUGUUCAAGGACCUCCUGGAACCGGGAAGACUCACACAUCCAUGGCCGCGCUCAGUGUUCUACUGAUCAUGCAGCCAGCCAAUAUUCCGAUCAUCAUUACGGCCCAAAAGAACGAUACUGUUGACGAGCUGUUAAUUCGUUGCCACAAGCUCGGCGUGAGCUUUGUUCGUCUUGGUGGACAGGCCAAGGAUGCGACGGUCUCCCAGCGGACUCUUUUCAAUCUGCGGACACAGUCGCGAGGGAGAUGGAGAAGAGAUCAUUUCCAGAAACGACUUGAUUCCCUUAAAUCCCAGGCUAAGCUUCUCCUUCAGCGCUGCUUUCCGCCGUUUCUUCAGCAGCUGAUCCUGCCCGAGCAUCUUCACGAAAUUGGCCUGAUCACCGGUCAGCAGCAUGCCUCGAUCAUGGAUGGGUGGAGUGGCUCUGUCGACCACAUUGCAGGAGAAGUCUCCAAGCAUCCGUUCGGGCCUUGGCUUGGAGACCAGGUGCUGUCUGCUGAGCCACACCGAAGCAUCCAUGUGCCUUUGAAAAACGAGGUUGGCAGCGAGGGAGGUUGCAAUUCUGAAGACGGCGGGUCCAGCUUCUCCGUGAACGCGAAGAAGGAACAGCUGUCAGGCAAGCCCAUCCUGAUCUCACGUUGGAACGGCAUGAAAAUGACCACGGAUCCAUGUGACGACUGGGAGAUUCGCGCUCGGCGGCUCUUGGAUCAUCAUCAGGACCUGUGGGAUGUCUCAAGUCGCUACCGCGGAACUGUAUACCGGCACCUCGAGCAGCGAUACAUCGCCUCCACCAAAGUAGCUCUCGGGAAAAUAUUCGAGAAGAUCAACGACGUCGCCAAGGAACUGAAGUUCGCCAGAUGGCAAGAAGAUAUCGACACGAUCCGGAAAUCAGGAGCGCGUAUUAUAGGGUGCACAACAACGGGCCUCACCAAGUACCGCGGGCUCAUCGCCGCUCUGGAGCCCCGGGUCAUGAUGAUUGAAGAGGCCGCCGAAACCCGAGAGGCCAACGUCACCGCGGCAUUGUUCCCAUCUCUGCAGCAGAUGAUUCUCGUUGGCGACCACAUGCAGCUGGCGCCGCAUGCCGACGUGCUAGAGCUGAGCAGGCCGCCUUUCCAUCUCAACGUCUCGCUAUUCCAGCGUCUUGUGGAGAGAGGCGUAGAGUACUCAAGUCUUCAGGUACAAAGACGGAUGGCACCGGACAUUCGCGAGCUGCUCAAUGCUUGGUACCCGCUUCUGGUCGAUCACGAGUGCACCCGCAGCCAGGAUACUGUCCCCGGGAUGGGUUCUCAGCGUUUGUUGUGGUUUGACCACGAGCGUCCCGAGUCAACGAAUCGCUAUGCCAGCAAGUUCAACGCAUUCGAGGCCGAGAUGAUUGUGGGGCUGUACAGCCAUCUGACGACCAACGGAACGGAACCAUCUGAGAUCACUAUCUUGACUUUCUACAGCGGCCAAAAGGCCUACAUCGAGAAUCUUCUGCGCCACAAGAACCGCAGUCGUACUGUUUUGCAUGGACGAACAGGCGUGGAGGGCCGAAGAGGCUUCGGGCCGGAGGUCCAGACUGUGGACGGAUACCAGGGAAAGGAGAACGACGUUGUUUUGGUCUCGGUCACACGUAGCCCAGAGGAUAGGAAGAAGCCUGGCGCCGGUUUCUUGAGCGACUUGAGGCGUGUAAUUGUAGCCCUCAGUCGCCCGCGGCGGCUGCUCGCAAUGUUUGGGGACGCGCAGAACCUACUCGACUCCUCAGCCCGACCCAUCUGGAGUGAGGCGCUGAACAGGAUGAAGUGUUCCAGAGCUAGCUAUGUCGCCGUAUUCUGCGAGGAGCAUCGGAGAGAGAUCCGUAUCAGCCAGCCGGACGAAUGGGAGAUGCUCGCAGGAGACGGGGGCUGCGGCAUGCGCUGUGGACGACGGAUGGACGCCCGCGAAGCGCCUUGUGAUAGGAAGUGUCAUAGGUAG